UCAGGGUGGGACACGGCUCAGAGAAGCAGCGGGCUGGGAAGGCCCUGCCAGGGAGCCAGGGUGCCCCGUGGGUGGCCCAGGAUUGGUCCGGAUGUGUCCCGGGCCCCGCCCAGCAACCGGCCUCCUCCAGCCCCGGCAGCUCCCCUUACACUUCUCGGCUGCGAGAGUGACCGGCAGGACACGGUGUCUGUAGCCUGCAGCUCAAGGAUGCUAUGGACUAGCAGCCCCUUAUAAUAGAAUUCGAGCCAGUCACCCAAAUGACCUCCAAAAGACUUCACAUCCCUAAAGACUGAGAAAUAAAACAAGCGGAAAAGUGUUGCAGAGGAAAAACUUAAACCCUCUAGUGUCACUUCCUCUUAGCUGCCUUAAAAAUCACUAAUCUGGGGGCCACUCAGCUGGUGAUUCUUCCGUAGUUUCCCCCUAGUGUGGCUACAGAGGACCUCUGAGCGUUACCGUGGUAACGGCUGUCUGGGUUACUCUGAGGGAUGUGAAGGCCACGGUAGCUGCUGCAGCUGAAAGUGCCGAUGUCAUGUGGCCCCGCGGCUGUGUGGCACGUGCUGGUUCCAGACACAGGUCUGGCAUCUCUGUCUUCACGCUACGUCUCUCCUGUUGCUGCCACAACCUUAGGGUCAGGUUCUGCUGGGCCCCGCAUGGACACACGCUGACCACGUGGGAACUGUCUUCUCUGAGCUGUGACACAGAAUUAACCUGACAAGGGCCAUCUGGCCUCUCCCCGCCCCGACUUCAAGGCUACAGUCACCUGCCAGCCACAGUGACUGGACACAGACUGAGGGGAACGGAAGGGGAUGACACCAGCUCCUAAAAGGCCUCUGCGUGGUCCUGGAGAAGACCGGAUGUCCUUUGGCCUCAGCAGCACCCUGCGUUCCUACCCCAUGUCUGUAACGGCCUCGCCUCCUCGAGAGCACAAGUCCAUUUACUUCUCCGUGCUUCUCCAUUCUUUGGUCCUGAAAUAAAGCCUUCCAUCCUCCCGAUACCCUUCUCAGGAAUGCUGCUUUUUCCAUGGGAUGAACUUGCAAACCUGAGCCCACUAACAACACUCUUGUUCUGGAUCCUUCCUCCCGACGGGGGCGAGUUGGCUGCUGCUCGGGUUGUUGGGGAAGGUCCCUGGUCUGGAAGUGAUAAUGUGGCUUUUCGUCCCUGCUGGGACAUGAAGCCGUCUUGAUGCUGGCCGCCAUCCAGCAGGAAGCGAGCUGCUCCAGGAAGCUGCUGGGAUUGCAGGGGCUGAAGGAACGUGGUCCUGCACUUCAGCUGCGCUAAGUGAACUCAAAGGCUUGCCCGAACUCGAGUUCCUGUGAGAAUUCCUGUUAGCUCUCUUUCUGUUGUGGGGACAGGAUACCUACUGACACCCACGGCUUCCAGGAGGAGCGUUUGCUCUGGCUCCCGGUUUCCGUCCGUGGUCAGCUGGCUCCGGGGCGGGAACGGUGUGCUGGGAGGGUGGGUGGAGCACAGCUGCCCUCUCCGUGGCCUCCGUGGGAUCAGGGAAUGGCAGAGGCCUGCAGGUGUCUACACUGGGGCUUUCUCACUGGCUGCCUCAGGCCUCACAGCCUGGCGGGUCAGAGCCUUGUGUCCGUGUCUGGAAGAGGGAGUGGAGGAGGCGGUGGGCUUGCUGGAGCGCCUGUGCUCCCUCGCGACAGAAUGCGUACAGCGGCGUCUCAAGUGACUGUCCCUGUGAAGCCCGGCGGCUGCCCACUCCCUCCUCUCUUCCUCCUUCCGUGACACUGCUACUCGGUCCUCAGGGUCCAUAUUUCCCAGCCAUGACACAUCCAUCUCAGAGAUCCAUACCCACCCACAUGGCACUUGGUCGACCCAGUGCCCUGCUGCCCACCUCUCUCUCCUUUCCUCCAGGUCCCCUGCCCAUCUCCCCAACUGUAUCUCCCUGUUUCCUAUCUUCUGCAUUUGAUCUUGCUCUUUAUUUAUACUUCGAGUUCUCAUAGGAGAGGCACCAUGCCAUAUUUAAGCUUACAUGUCUGAUUCAUAACACCUAACACCAUAGCCUCAGGGUGCCUCCAUUUUCCUAAAAGUGACUGAGUGUGCCCUUCUUUAUGGCAGAGUAGUACUCCUCGAUCCACUCAUCCACUGAGGCCACGUAGGCCACUUCCAGGGCUUGUGAGUUGCGCUGCUAUAAACAGGAGACCUACACUGAAGAUCGGAGAGAAAGCUGCAUCGGGGCCUCUGGGAGCUGGAAAGGACCGGGGACGUCCUUAGGGCCUCCCCCGAGAAGAAGCAUGGCCAGCACCUUCUCCAAGCUGCUCACUGGCCGCAAUGCCUCUCUGCUGCUCGCCACUGUGGGCACCAGCGCCCUGACCUCCGGUUACCUGCUGCACCGGCCCAAGGUGUGCGCAGAGGCCCUCGGCCAACACAAGCUGUUUCCCCCAAGCGCUGACUACCCUGACCUCCGCAAGCACAACAACUGCAUGGCCGAGUGCCUCACCCCGGCCAUCUACGCCAAGCUCCGCAACAAGAUGACGCCCAGCGGCUACACCCUGGACCAGUGCAUCCAGACCGGCGUGGACAACCCGGGCCACCCCUUCAUCAAGACAGUGGGCAUGGUGGCCGGGGAUGAGGAGUCCUACGAGGUGUUUGCUGACCUUUUUGACCCUGUCAUCAAACUGAGGCACAACGGCUACGACCCCCGGGUGAUGAAGCACCCCACAGAUCUGGACGCCUCCAAGAUCACCCAGGGGCAGUUCGAUGAGCGCUACGUGCUGUCCUCCCGUGUGCGCACCGGGCGCAGCAUCCGCGGGCUCAGCCUGCCACCCGCCUGCUCGCGCGCGGAGCGCAGGGAGGUGGAGAACGUGGCCAUCGCGGCGCUCCAGGGCCUCAAGGGCGACCUGGCCGGCCGCUACUACAAGCUGUCGGAGAUGACCGAGCAGGACCAGCAGCGGCUCAUCGACGACCACUUCCUGUUUGAUAAGCCCGUGUCCCCUUUACUGACCUGUGCUGGGAUGGCCCGAGACUGGCCAGACGCCAGGGGAAUCUGGCAUAACUACGACAAGACCUUUCUCAUCUGGAUCAAUGAGGAGGACCACACCAGGGUCAUCUCCAUGGAAAAGGGCGGCAACAUGAAACGGGUGUUCGAGCGAUUCUGUCGCGGACUGAAGGAAGUGGAGCGGCUGAUCCAGGAGCGCGGCUGGGAGUUCAUGUGGAACGAGCGUCUGGGGUAUAUCCUGACCUGCCCGUCCAACCUGGGGACCGGACUGCGGGCCGGUGUCCACGUGCGGAUCCCGAAGCUCAGCAAGGACCCACGUUUUUCUAAGAUCUUGGAGAACCUCAGGCUCCAGAAGCGUGGCACGGGUGGCGUGGACACCGAGGCAGUGGCGGACGUGUAUGACAUUUCCAACAUCGAUCGGAUCGGCAGAUCAGAGGUGGAGCUGGUGCAGAUUGUCAUUGACGGAGUCAACUACCUGGUGGACUGCGAGAAGAAGCUGGAGAGAGGCCAGGACAUCAAGGUGCCGCCGCCUCUGCCGCAGUUCAGCCGGAAGUGAGCGCCCCCAUCCCCCUUUGUAACUAGUCUGCCUGCUGGUACGACAGACGCCUCGAAGUCUCUACUCUGAGAGUUUCCGAAGACUUGGAAAAAUGUAAAACUGCACCUCCUGUCUGUUUUUACAAUAAAACUCUCCUUAAUAUC